AUGGAAAAGGAGGGGCCAAAAGAAUCGAAGGAAAUAAAUCCUCAUGCAUUUGAAAGGUUAGAAGAAAACACAUUCUCGAUCAAUAAUGAAGGUCAAGUGAAAGAAUCAAAGAAUAAUCUGGAAUUUGCAUAUGAUGAUGAUGAUGAUGAAGACGUUGGUGGUAAUAAUGCUUUUGAUUUAAACAUUGAACAAGAAGAAGAUAUAUCAGACAAGAUAUAUAAUUCUCAAAACGAAGAUCAAUACGUGGAAUCAAGGAAAUCAGAGAGUCAAAAUUUUGUUCAUUGUGAACUUGAUUAUGACAACAAACAAGUUGAUGUAUUCCCCAUUCAGAAGGUUGAUAAUCAAGAUCAAAAGGUAAAGGAGUCAGAAGCUCAAAUUAUUGGUCAUGAUAACCGUGAAGAGUUUGACAAUGAAGUAGAUUCAUUAAAAAAGAUAAACAAGGUCAUAGAUAUAAAGUCCAAUGUUCACCAUGAGGAAGAUGCAAGUAGUUCAACGAGAUAUGAAACUCAAUUCAAUGUUGAUAAUGGAACAGAAUAUUUUGGUAGCCAAUAUAUUGGAUUUUAUAAAGUAGAUGAAGAAAACAAAAGUAUAGAAUCGACGUGGAAUGUGGAAAAGAAUAACUUGAUGAUUGUUAACGAUGAAAUUGAGUAUGUUGGUGCUCAACAAAAUGGAUUCUAUAAAUCCAAGGAACAAAGCAGAAGUAUAGAAUCAACAUCAAACGAAAACAAUGAUGUGAAGUUUGAAAACAUUGAAAUUCAACUCAUUGUUGAUGGAACAAAGUAUUUUGGUGCUCAACAUAACGAAUUCCAUAAAUCCAAGAAAGAAACUGAAAGUACAGAGUCAACGUCAAACGAGAACAGCAACGAAAAGGCAAAAGUUUGUAGAACAACGACCACGGUCAGCAACAACCAUAGAAACACAUCUUCUACUAAUAUUUACGAUGUAAACUACUCAGAGGAACAAUCAAGCAUGGUUGAAAAGGCUGUAGCACUUAGAAACUUUGUUAGACAGAAAAGCAUGGUAGUAGUGUCCUCUAUGUUGCGUCAUCUUUCUAGAAAAUCCGAGGAAAAAGUAGUAGUAGCUAGUAACUUUGACGAUAACGUUAAAGAUAUUGAAUCCAAGAAGGACAUUUGUGACAAUGAUGCAAAAGAAAACAGUGAUAAAAAAAUUGAUUUGGUAAUCAAAGGUCCACUAGAACCAUUAGCCAUAAAAGGAAGGGUAAUAUUGUACACAAAGCUAGGAUGCCCUGAAAGCAGAGAGGUUAGACUAUUUUUGAACAGUAAAAGGCUUAGAUAUAUUGAAAUUAACAUUGAUGUGUAUACUAGUAGAAAGAAGGAAUUGGAGAAACGUAGUGGAUCUAACUCUGUUCCUAAGGUAUUUUUCAAUGAAAUUCUUAUAGGAGGAUUAAGUGAAUUAAAGGCUUUAGAAGAGUCUGGUGAGCUUGGUGAUAAGAUUGACUAUCUUAUUAGUGACACACCUUCCUUUCAAGCACCGUUAUCACCGUUUUCUGGAGAGGAUGAUCCAUCUUGCAGUGGGUCGAUUGAUGAAUUGGCUCUGAUUGUUUGCAAUAUGAAAAAAUCUAUUGUUGUGAAGGAUCGGUUUUGCAAAAUGAGGAGAUUCACUAACUGUUUUGUUGGUUUUGAAGCUGUGGACUUCUUAUCACAAGAUCAAUAUUUGGAAAGGAAAGAGGCUGUAGAGUUUGGUCGAAAGCUCGCUAGAAAACUAUUUUUUCGCCAUGUUCUUGAUGAGCAUGUAUUUGAAGAUAGUAACCACUUAUACCGAUUUCUAGAUGAUGAUCCAAUCGUGGCAUCAUGCCAAAACAUUCUGAGAGGAAUAAUUACUACGAGGCCUAAGCCUAUUGCAGAAAUUGCAUCCAGAUUAAGGUUUCUUUGUUAUGCAAUCUUUGAAGCUUAUGCAUCUGAAGAUGGACGCCAUGUUGAUUAUAGAAGCAUACAUGGUAGUGAGGAAUUUGCAAGGUAUCUAAGAAUAGUAGAAGAGCUUCAAAGAGUUGAAUUAUGGGAUUUGUCCAGAGAAGAAAAGCUUUCUUUUUUCAUUAAUCUUUACAAUAUGAUGUCCAUCCAUGCAAUUUUAGUAUGGGGUCACCCAGAUGGAACACUAGAGAAAAGAAAAUUUUUUGCAGAUUUUAGAUAUGUUAUUGGUGGAAAUACCUACACACUUUUAGCUAUUCAGAAUGGUAUUUUGAGGGGAAAUCAACGACCGCCAUAUAAUCUUAUGAAGACAUUUAGUGCAAAAGAUAAACGAUUGAAGGUAUCCCUUCCUUACCCUGAGCCUCUCAUACAUUUCGCUUUAGUAUUUGGUAGUCGGUCAGGGCCUGCUCUUCGGUGUUAUUCUGUUGGAGACAUUGACCAAGAAUUAGUGGACGCUGCCCGUAGUUUCUUGAAAAGUGGGGGCCUAUCGAUUGAUUAUUCCGCCAAAGUUGCAUAUGCCAGCAAGAUCCUUAAAUGGUUUAGUGUAGAUUUUGGCAAGAAUGAGGUGGAGGUAUUGAAGCAUGUGUCGAACUACCUAGACCCAAAUGAAUCAGAAGUAUUGUUGGAUUUGCUUGCCACAUGUGAGUUGAAAAUAAUAUAUCAACCUUAUGACUGGGGCUUGAACUUCUAA